CCCACCGCGCCACACCAGCAGUGUCGUACCAAGGCCACCAACAACAAACACACCACCUAGUGCGCUGCACUAGUCGCUUGCAAGCAAGCAAUCAAGCAACUCCGAUCAAAGAAACACCGGCCAUCGCCCUCUCCGCUACUAUACCAGUGAUCCAUAUAAUCCACUACAAGCAAGCAACGAGCCAAGGAGCAAGGCAGCCGGGUAGAUCGAGGUCGAGCGAGGACCGACCAGCACCACCACCCGCCGCCGCCGCCGCAUCCAAGAAUGUGCCUGCCGAUCGACUCGUGGUUCUGCUGCAUGUCCAGCACCGUCAACGACGACUACCACCAUCCCGCUCCGGCCCCGGCGAACAAGCAGCAGCAGCAUGGCCCCGCGCCACCGCCGCCGACGGCCCCGGCGGGGGGCAGGACGACGGCGCAGCAGCUGCCCGCGCAGCGCAACGGCGGCGGCGGCGGCUACUACAACGUCAACGGCUACCCCGCUCACCACCAGGCGCCUACCGCCACCGCCGCCGCCGAGGCGGACCGCAAGACGUCCAACGACGUCAGGAGAGGCUCCGCCCACGGGCAUGCCGUUGUUCCCGCCGGCGCGCAGGGGAAGGCCACCGACGGGACGUUGAAGCAGCAGCCCGCCACCGCUAGGAACGGCAUGGUUGCUGCUGCUGGUGCCGUCGAUGGAGCACGCGGCGUCGCGGCGCACAACUACUACUACUACGAGCGUGAACAGCCUGCCUACAGAGAGGACGCCGCCGCCGCCGCCGCGGAUUUCUACCACCACCACCACCACCCGGCGGCCACAGCAGCUACUGCCGAUCACGAAAGUCCUUCCAUGUCCUGAGACUCAGUAGAGCUGUAGAGGCAGCUGGAGGAGAGAGUAGAAGCGAAGGACGCAGCAGAGUGGAUCAGGGCCUCCAUGUCGCUCUGCCCUGUCCAUUGAAGGGGGUGAGCAGAGUCGAGGAGACUUUUAGUAAGCAGAGGCUGUAAUCUUCGUAACCAGUAGUGGCCUUGCUCUCACUUUCUUCGUGUACUGUCAAUCUGUCACAUAAAUAAGUAUAAAUGGGUCUUGUUUUUGUUACGAGUUCUCAAAGCUAGUUCUUGAAAGCACCGUGAAUUCCAGUCUCAAAGUAGGGGGCAUUCCAAAGCUCUCGAGCCUGCCUGUGAAAGUGAAGCUAAGCUAGAGGACUCUGCAUUUUGGCAUCUCGUUUCACUGUGCUUACUGGGAUGAAGCUAUCAAAUUUCGGCCUAAAUCAGCAUAUUCACAAUACAAGUGAUGAUACCUGUUACCUGUAUAUGGUACA